GGAAAUAGUCAGAAGAACAUCUGGACUGCAACAAGACCUCUCAGAAGUGCUGAUUUUGAGAAACAAAGAUGGCAAGUGAAGGGGACUCAGAGCUUGCAGAGCUUGAUAGGCCUACUGUGAAUCCACAACCGGAAGAGCUGAGGAUCGUCCUGGUUGGGAAGUUGGGAGUUGGGAAGACCUCUGCAGGAAACAUCAUCCUGAGUGGAACACAGCCAUUCCCAAAACCUACAUCCUCUUAUGGGCUCAACACAAAAAAGUGUCAAAAGAAAUCAGAGAUGGUUGGUGAUAAAAAAGUGGUUGUAGUUGACACCCCAGGCCUGUGCAGCAUUGGGUCCCUGUCUGAGGAAGACGCGGUGAAAGAGCUGAAGAAGUCCGUCAAACUGGUCAAACCGGGUCCUCAUGUGUUCCUGCUUGUGAUGAGAUAUGGGAAAGACUUCACAAAAGAGGAAGAAAAAACACUGGAGAUUCUGCAGUGCACUUUUGGCAAAGAAUUUCUGCGCUACACUGUGAUCUUGUUCACCCAUACAGAGGACGUGGGUGAAAAUAAAAUCAGUGAUUUUAUUAAUUCAGAUAAAAAUAUAGACCUCAAACAAUUAAUCGAUGACAACGGUUUGCAAUACCACUUUUUUAACAUCAAUGUAAAUGGUGACCCUAAAAACCCUCCACUGCUGAGCAGGAUCCCAAAAGAAGGUUUUUACCAUAUUCAACUGCUCAUACAGGCGGAAAAUGCACUGAAACUGCAGAGAAGGGAAGGCGAUUUAAAAACUCUUAAAGUAUCUGUUAUAGGUGGAUUAGCUGCUGGAGCUGUGAUCGGGCAAUGUAUUUCUGAGGGUGAGCUGACGUCCAAGAUGGCAGCUUUGCUAGGAGCUGUAUUGGGUGGGAUACUGGCCUUUAUAAUAGCACGUUUAGGGAUAUGCAUCAGAGACCUAGUGAAGUGAUGCAUCAUAUAGUGAGUUGUCAAAAGUUCUCCUAUCUCCAAGGGCCAGUUUGUUCAAAAUUAAUCUCAUCAGAUUUUAGUUAUCGAACUGGAUCCAAUUUUGAAAAUGGGUUGUUCAAAAAGGCAAGAAGGAUUCUGAAUUCGGAUAAGAUAACAUAAUCCAAUCCUAGUUUCAAUCUGGAUCAAACCUCAAAACGUUUCAGCUGGAUUUGGAUAACUUUGAUCCAAAAACAAACAAGGGGUAGGAUUUCAAGGUGGAUUUCAGGAAAAAAAUGUAGUGAAACUCAUAAACUAGUCAAAAAAUACAACAUUUGUAUCAUUUAGUGUAUAUACUUGUAUUCAUAUUUUGCACUUGACUUGUAGAUAAAGCAGGCAUAGGCUAACAAUUAAUCCUUUCAGUGUAGUAAAGUCAAAAUAAAAUAUCCCCCAACACGUUUCAAUAAUAAACAAAAAUAAUUAUUAUGCAUCUUGAAAAUGUCUACUUUUUUUUUUUUUUUUUAAAUAUCUACAAUGUAUUUGUUUAUGUAUAUUUGUUUAUUUGUUGUGGCUCAGAUGAGGGGUCAUAAGAGAAAUUAUAAAUAAAGUGGAUAUUUAUGUUAUUUUUGUGUUUUCCCUUAAAAUAAGAACUUAAAAAGUGUGUAACUGAAAAACUAAGACGGAUUACCUGAUUCUGAAUAGUAAAAAAUGGGAUUUCCAGUUACGGACAAUUUUGAUCUGGAUUAAAACUGACCCCAAAUGUCUUCUAAAGGAGAUCUGUAUAUAUUCAGUUAUUUCAAUGUAUUGUUCUUUAUUUGUUUUUAUGUCUUAGCCUAAAAACCAGACUAUUGUGACUGAAUUGACUAUAUUCUUUUGUUGUUGUUUUUUACUGUGUAAAUAAAGAGUAAAAACACCCCAUAAAUAGUAUGUUUGACAGUUACUUCUUGUAGUUAAAGUGUUUAAAUGUGGAACAAAUGUUCAGGUCAUUACAGCUUUGAUCUUUAUUCACUCUGAUCAAAUGAUCUGAUGAUAACGUGUAUUUUUGUUGCUUGAUCUGUAUUUCUCCUGAAUCAACUUUACUUUGUGAGAUUAUUAACAAAUCUUUUUUUUUUUUU